AUGCCUCUACUCCUGACCCUAGUUUUAGUCCAAACCUGUCUUGCAGCCGUUGGCGGCGGAGGAAUCGCCGUCUACUGGGGCCAAAAUGGAAACGAAGGCACCUUAGCUCAAACCUGCGCCACCGGCAGAUUUUCUUAUGUAAACAUAGCCUUUCUUUACAAAUUUGGCAAUGGGCAGACCCCAGAAAUCAACCUGGCUGGCCACUGCAACCCGGAUUCGAAUGGUUGUAUAGCCGUAAGCGAUGGAAUUCGCCGCUGCCAAAGGCGCGGCAUUAAGGUGAUGUUGUCCCUUGGCGGUGGCGUUGGAAGCUACUCUCUGGCUUCUAAAGAAGAUGCAAAUAAUGUAGCAGCUUAUUUAUGGAACAAUUUCUUGGGUGGUUCAUCUACUUCUCGGCCGCUAGGGUACGCUGUAUUGGACGGAAUUGAUUUCGAUAUUGAGCUUGGAUCAACCCUUUAUUGGGAUGAUCUUGCAAGAUAUUUGAAAUCAUAUGAUGGAACUGGCAGAAAGGUGUACUUAACAGGUGCACCCCAGUGUCCAUUUCCUGACAGUUUUCUAGGGUCUGCACUUAAUACGGGCCUUUUUGACUAUGUUUGGGUUCAGUUUUAUAACAACCCACCUUGCCAGUAUACUUCUGGAAAUACAGGUAAUAUCAAGAAUUCUUGGACUCGCUGGACAACAUCGAUUAAUGCCGGGAAAAUAUUUUUGGGACUGCCGGCCGCCCCGCAGGCAGCCGGAAGUGGGUUCAUUCCACCGAAAGUGCUGGCAGCCGAAAUUCUUCCGAUGAUUAGGAAAUCGCCCAAGUAUGGUGGAGUGAUGCUAUGGUCCAAGUAUUGGGAUGAUCAGGCUGGAUAUAGUGCUUCCAUAAAGAACAGGGUGUAA